GAUUCAUAACUUGAUUGCUAACCUAGAAACUGAUUAAACACUUUAUUAGGAAUGAAUUUAAUAUGAUUUGUUUCUGAGGAACUGAUGAUCAUAUUUUACAACAAACAAUUUGAACAAUCAACUACCAAAGGUUACAUUCAUCUUGAAUCAACAGCGUUGAUUCAACACUGUGGUUUAUCUAAUUUUAAUUAUUCUUGGUAUAGUUCCUGGUAACUUUUAGAUGAACUUACAUAAUGGUUGAUGAAGCUUGUUUAAUUAUGGUGUUUAUGAUGUUUAUGUAUUUAAUAAAAAUAUAAAUUACAAUAAACUAAUUGUUACGUUGACAAUAAAAGCAUAGGGAAAGCGGGAAAGGUUGAUAGCCAUAAAGAAAGCAAAAGACCUUACAUCUUUUGUUUUCUUUCCAUAUUACAUAUUGUGUGUUUAUCAUUACAAAAGCAAGUUGAAUUUUUUAUUUAUAAUUGUUUAUUCCAAGGGUAAUCAUGAUUCAGAAUAUUUUGCCCCGACCUGCCAGAACGAUAAAUAAUCAUGAAAUGAGUGUAAUAUUUCCUGUUAACAAUUCACCCUUAUUAUUAAUAUUUAAUUAACUAUUAACGGUGAAAAUUCUCUUCUUCUUCUUCUUCUCCUUCUUUUAUGGUUUCUUGUUUUUCGCUGUUGUAUAAAUUGACUUUCUCAUUUAAUUUGUCUGUCAAAUUACAAUUUGCCGGAGUCAGUUGAUCUUAAAAGAUACCCAAAGAUUCUUUCAUUAAAAUGGCUCCAGUCAACAUUUUAUUUACUGUAUUUAUUUUGGUGCUACAAGUGUUGAGACCAACAGAUGGCCGAGGUCCUCGAGUAGCUCCUUAUGUCGAUAUUUUGAUGUCUGGACCAAGUCUCUCGGAAUUGUCAUCAGCCACUGGAUCAAAAGCUUUCACCGUAGCCUUUGCUGUUGGUGGUACUUCUGGCUGUGAGCCUAUGUGGGGAGGUGAAUUACCUCUUAAUGAAUCAAAGAUAAUCAACAACAUUCGUGAGUUUCAAUCAAUGGGUGGACAGGUUAUUGUAGCCACUGGAGGUGCUCUUGGACCAUAUCUAGAAAGUAUUUGUACCACUGAAGCUGCUCUGACUGGUGCGUAUUUUAAAAUUCUGGAUACCGUGAAAACAAACCAUUUAGAUAUUGACAUUGAAGCUGCUGUUCCAUUGAAUGUGCUGGUUAAAUCAUUGAAAAAUGUACAAAAUGCUAGACCUGAAACGACUGUUCGGUUAACUUUAAUGGUUCAAGGCGAUGAUUAUGGUUUAACUCCUGAAUUGGGUGUAAAUUUGUUGAAAGCAGCUGCCUCGGUUGGUUUAAGGGUUGACAUUGUUAACCCAAUGACAAUGGAGUUUGGUACAUCUCGAUCUGAUUGGGGUGAAGCUGUGAUUAGUGCAUUGGAAUCAACAUUGAAACAAAUGGCAUCCAUUUGGCCUGAAAAAUCUACAUCAACUUUAAGGUCAAUGUUAGGAGCUACACCAAUGAUUGGUCGCAAUUUUAAUGGAAAAAUCUUUGAGGUUAAACAUGCUCGAUCAUUAAUCGACUAUGCUAAAAAAACUGGACUUGGAUAUCUCGGCUUUUGGUCUGUUGGACGUGAUAAUGGUAAAUGUCCAGGUGGAGGUAUUUCACCAUCGUGCAGUUCAAUUGCCCAGUCUGAAUAUGAAUUCACCAAAAUUUUCAAUGAGUAUGCUGAUUUUGCUGGACAGCCAUCAAACGAGAAUGGAACCUUUUCUAAUGAAAUUGAUGACAAAGUAACAAAUGACAAAUCAACUGCAUCACCAUCAACUACUACAACCAGUGCUCCACUAAUUAAAACAUGUAAGGGUCACGAAUCUCGGUUCGAUGAAUGGUGUGUUGCUAAUUGUGCCCGUGACAACUGUCCUGAAUCAAUUUGUACUUGUUCAACAUCGCCCUUGGCCCCAAAACUAGUCUACAGAACGAAUCGUAUUUAAUAAUUUCUUUGUUUUAUUUUAGGUUUACUUUGGCUGAUAAUUCAUCAAUCUAUUGUUCGUUGUUUGCAAACCUAAUCUAAUGUGCUUUUCAGGUUUUCUAUUUUUUUUAUUGUUGAAUAUUGAUCAAUUUUAAUUAGACGCUCAGAAUAAAUUUUAUGUUACAAUUGAA